AUGUCCGAGGCCGAGAAGGCAAGCAGCGUCCGGCCUUCGACUUCGCAGGAGGAAAACCGUGAGGAUCCUGCCUCGCAAGGAGCCUCUCGGAAGGCUUCCGGCGAGUCGCGGUCGCGGAUGCGGUCAGCAUCCAAACCAUCGCUUCGACGCGUUCGCCGUAGAGAUUACGGCAACACCCCACCCAAGCAGCCAGUGGCUGCAGCCUCCUCAUCAUCACAACAGCCUCCCGACGAACCUAAACGCAGACAAGCCUCGACGGUCUCGGUCGAGAACUCACCGUCGUCGCCGCUGAGUCAAGAGGCCUCCUUCUGCCCGCCACAAACGUCGCUGCUUCAACACGCGCAGAGUCUGCCGGGAGAAGAGGAACAGCGGAACUCGACGGCCACGGCCGAAGUGAAAGGCAGUUCAGCUGCCGCAGUGCCAUCGCCAUGUCCAGAACAACAUUCGCAGAACGUGUUCAGCGCAUACUGUACGGCAGCUUCGUCACCGCUGCCGGAGCAGCAAGCCGUGAAACCUGCAGCGGAGCAAGAUCUGUCAGGCAAAGCUGGCAGUCCGAAAGUGCCCGACGACAGCGUAUUGAAAACCGCACCCCUGUCCACCUCAGUGCUCGGGAAAUUAAACUCGACCAACGUCAGCCCGUUCUCCUCCGGCAACCCAUCGCCUAUGGUGCACAGCUUCUGGUCAAUGUUCAGCAGCAACGAGUAUCGGCCGGACUUGAUGUGAGUCGCCCCUCCUAUUGGAAUCACUUCGAAACGGUGC